CCGCCGCAACUUCAACCCGUCCGCCACCAUGUCUGCCGGCGACUCCAAGUACUACGAGCUCUACCGCCGAAGCAGUCUCGGCGGCGCCCUCACGGACACGCUGGACAACCUGAUCACCGAGCGCCGAAUCGAGCCCCAGCUUGCCAUGAAGAUCCUCGCGAACUUCGACAAGGCCGUCGCCGACGUGCUGGCGGAGAAGGUCAAGUCGCGGCUGACGUUCAAGGGCCACCUUGACACCUACCGCUUCUGCGACGACGUCUGGACGUUCAUUAUCAAGGACAUCAACUUCAAGCUCGACAACACGAACCAGGUCCAUGCCGACCGCGUCAAGAUUGUCAGCUGUAACACUAAGCGCCCUGGCGAGACCUAGGGCUGAGUCUCUGGACUUGUCUUUCGUCAAGGGUUGCUAAAAAAAGUUUAGGCGAAUCAGAAGCCGCUUUCGCCCGUCGCGUGGCUUCCAGGGGACGAUAUUAGCUUAAGCGGUGUUACAGUUGCUGAGGGAUGGAUCUUGAGUAUUUGGGCUCUCCGACCUUUCUACGGCGUCUAGGGUACUUGGAAUUCACGGAUAUCCUGAGCAUGGGCAUGGAGUUUUGGGUGGAUGAUCAAGACGACGCGUUGAGUUCAACGGUCGCGACAGAGCAAUCAGAAUGACGCAAAUCAAGAGCUCAG